UCUAGAUGUAAAAAUUUGCAACAGUUAGAUCUUACAGCAAGCUGCUUUGAUGUUAUGGAUUUCGUAAACUUUCUUGACAAUUGCGGUAGGCGUUUAACGCACUUAAGAUUCAGGGACUGCGAUUCUGUUGACAAUUCUGUCUUACUUAAAAUUUCAGAGAUAUGCAAAAAUUUAAAAGAAUUGGAUCUAAAUGGUUGUAUACGUAUAAACGACAAAGGAUUUUCGUAUCUCGAGAGACUGAAUGCUUUGGAACAUUUAAACUUUUGUAAUCUAUAUAUAAAGGCUCAACGUGUUUGCAAAAUACUGCAAAAAAAUCAAUGGAUGCGUGAGUUAUAUUUGGAAGAUCUAUAUAUAUUUGAGUUAAUGAAACUUGCGGACAGUAAUAGAAGAAACCUAGACGUUGUCGCAAUAGAGUUGAAAAAUUCAUGUCGCGACUUGGAAGUAAUAAGUUUACGGUGUUCUAAAUUUACAUCUCAGGGUAUUGAUGCCCUUGCUGACUGUAAAAAUUUACGAAAAUUGUAUCUUCCCCUAUACCCAAUCGAUGAGGACAGCUUGAGCAGAUUACUUUCGUCCUGUCAACGUCUAGAAGUAGUUUAUCUUGCCUAUAUUACCCUCACUGAUCGCAUUUUGAAAUUACUAACGGGGUGCCAAAACUUGGAAGAGUUACAUCUUUUUCAUGUAAAACGUGCUACAUAUAAGAAUUUAUCCAUUAUUAUGGAACAAUGUCCUAAACUUCAAAAGUUUCAUCUCAUAUGGUGUGAUGUUAGUCGAAAUAAUUAUAAGAUUAAUGAAUGGAAGAAAGAAUAUUCGCAUGUAUCUGUCUACGUAUUCGACUCAAUAUAA